CAGUUUUUUCUUCUACUUCUUUGAUCGUGUUUGAGGGGUUUUGUGUGUUAACGGCAAUUAAUUUGUCUCAUCAUUCUUGUACUGUUUUGAUUCUCUUUAUAAGCAAGAAAAAGAUGCCGAGGGUACCUCGUAUCAUUGGUGUUAGAUUUCACCCAACUGAAGUGGAGUUAAUCAACUACCUCAAAAGGUUCUUGAGGGGUCAAUCUUUCUCGACUCAAUGCCCUAUUCGGUUUGCAGAAAUCUAUGGAGAUCAACCUCCAUCGGUGAUUCUUGGAGAAGAUAAAGUAGGUUACUUUAUUUCACUGUUGAAGAAGCGGAAGAAUUCUGAUGAAAGGUAUCGUCGAACUUGCGCUGAUGGGACUUGGACAGGCCAAAAUAGUGGUAAACCUAUCAAGAAUCGCAAGGGAUCAACUGUUGUGGGCUUUAGAAGAAAUUUAAAAUAUACUACUAAAGAAAAAAAACAAAACAGUACUAUUAGGUGGUUGAUGAGAGAGUAUUUCGUGGGGGAUGAUUUCUUCAAGGAAAACGAUAUUGCUAAGCAAGAUUUUGUAGUGUGCCGAAUCAAGAAGUAUAUAAAUGAGAAAAAGGUAAACGAUGUCGCGAUGACAGAACAAGAUGUUGCGGGAAUUGUCAAAGUUAUGUUGCCCGGACCUCAAGAAAACUACUGCAAUACACAAGCAGCAAUUAUGGACGAGACUAAGAAGCUGAACGAAGAACCUGAUUGCCAACAAGACAUGAAUUGUGCUGAUGACGUGCUAAUAGAUAUUGACGAUUUAAUUUGGUGACAUAUAUAAUUUGUUGUUCGAAGCAGCAUGCAAUUAGUUUAAUUUACAACUUUAUUGAAUGAAUUAGAUGGUGUUUUUUCAAUUCCCAAUAGUGAGUUCGGAAAGUGCAUUCUUUUAUGUAAUUUGUAAAGCAAAAACUUACCGAUAUAUAUAAGUACAAGCGACUUUG